AUGAGCCCUAAAGCCUUGCCCCCCCACAGGAUGGUAGAAGGUCCACAUCCCAACUCCACCUUCCCACGCCCGACCUUCUUCAUACUGACUGGCAUUCCAGGACUAGGGGGUGCCCAGGCCUGGUUGACACUGGUCUUUGGGCCCAUGUAUUUGCUGGCCCUGCUGGGCAAUGGAACACUGCUGGCAUUGGUGCAGAUGGAUUCCACACUGCAGCAGCCCAUGUUUCUACUCCUGGCCACACUGGCAGCUACAGACCUGGGCUUAGCUACAUCUAUAGCCCCGGGGUUGCUUGCUGUGCUGUGGCUUGGGCCCCGGCCUGUGCCAUACGGUGCCUGCCUGGCCCAGAUGUUCUUUGUCCACGCAUUGACUGCUGUGGAAUCUGGCGUGCUGUUGGCCAUGGCCUAUGAUCGUGCUGUGGCAGUAGGGCGUCCACUGCAUUAUCCUCUCCUAGUCACCAAAACCCGUGUAGGCUAUGCAGCACUGGCACUGGCACUGAAAGCUGUGGCUAUUGUUGUGCCUUUCCCUCUGCUUGUGGCACGAUUUGAGCACUUCCGAGCUAAGACCAUUGGCCAUGCGUACUGUGCACACAUGGCGGUGGUAGAGCUGGUGGUGGGUGACACGCGGGCCAACAAUUUGUAUGGGCUGGCACUUUCACUGGCCGUGUCAGGUAUAGAUAUCCUGGGCAUCACUGCCUCUUACGGGCUCAUUGCCCACGCUGUACUGCGACUGCCUACCCGGGAGGCCCGGGCCAAGGCCUUUGGCACAUGUAGUUCCCACAUCUGUGUCAUUCUGGCCUUCUAUGUACCUGGUCUCUUCUCUUACCUCACACAUCGCUUUGGUCGUCACACUGUCCCAAAGCCUGUGCACAUUCUUCUCUCUAACAUCUAUUUGCUGCUGCCACCUGCCCUCAACCCACUCAUCUAUGGGGUCCGCACCAAGCAAAUCAGAGACCAGCUCCUGGAAAUCUUCACCAUCAGAAAAAGCCAGUUGUAA